UCAAUGCUUUUUAUAUAGGCAGGCUUUACUUCAGGAAUUUUCCAGUUUCACAAAGCUUUAUUUAUUCAUUUGUCUCAUAUCAGAUCUCAUUCAUUUUUGCUCAUGCUUACAGAUCAGUGAAGUAUAAAUAAGAUACAUAAAUUCAGACAACAGUUUCCACAUCCUUCAAAAAAAUAUGUAGGCAAGUGGAUACAGCUCUCAGUCCAUUAGUCACUGAAUCCCGUUUCUGUUCAUGAGCUCGCUUGGAAAUGAAAGGUUGUGAAUCAAGUUCUUUGUUGGAUGAUUUUCUGAUAAGGGAAAUCAGGCUUACGCAUGAUCCAGAUGGAAGGCAGCUCGAUUCAGAGCUAUUGCUUCGCCUUAUAGAGAAUGUUUUUUGUUCAACACUGUCUGAUGUUUCUGAUGCUCAAUCCGAUGCCAAUAAUGUGAGAAGCAUUGAUAUGAUCGGAUCAGAAGAGCCACUUGGACGCACCAUAUACAAGAUCUCACAUGAGGUAAUUUUGUUCUCGUCUCUUUACCUCUCUUUAAUUGAGUGCACUGUGCACCUUUACGUGUGGUUCAUGAUAAUAGAGAAUUGA